CCGCCUCCCAGCUCCCGCCCAGCCCGCAGUGCUGGUGAGAGGACCAGCCUUAUGCAAACCAGCCUCCGGGCUCCCCUAGGCUGCGGGACUCGGGCCGGGACUGCGGCUGGCGCUCCUGCCCUUGCCCGAGCCAGGCACUGCCAUGCUCCCGCCGUGCCGCGGCCGGCUGCGUCCUGGGGCCGCUAGCUAGGCGCGGGCAAGAAAGCAUCCGGAGGGGCUGAAGAUGAAGGUGCCCGCGCUUGGGCCCCCGCUGAUUGUCAACUCCUCCCGAGCCCGCUGCCGGCGCAGAGCCGGAGGCCUCCGAGGACCCGCCUUCGCCGCAGUAGCAGCUGGAGCAGCGACAGAGGCGGCAGCGGCGGCGCCCCUUGCGCCAGCGCGUAGAGAGGCGGCGGCAGCUCGGGGGCCGCCGCUGCCCCGGCUGCCAUGAGUUGUGCGGAGGUGAUGUAUCACCCCCAGCCGUAUGGAGCGCCCCAGUAUCUGCCCAAUCCCGUGGCAGCUGCAACCUGCCCCACAGCCUACUAUCAUCCGGCGACCCAACCUGGCCAGCAGAAAAAGUUAGCGGUAUACAGCAAGAUGCAGGACUCUCUGGAGGUCAACCUUCCCAGCAAACAAGAGGAGGAGGAGGAGGAGGAGGAGGAUGAGGAGGAGGAGGAGAAAGACCAGCCUGCCGAGAUGGAGUACCUUAACUCUCGCUGUGUCCUUUUCACUUAUUUCCAGGGAGACAUUGGGUCAGUAGUGGAUGAACACUUCUCAAGAGCUUUGGGCCAAGCCAGCACCCUCCAUCCAGAAUCUGCCAUUUCAAAAAGCAAGAUGGGGCUAACCCCCUUAUGGCGAGACAGCUCAGCUCUCUCUAGCCAGCGGAAUAGUUUCCCAAGUUCCUUUUGGACCAGCUCUUACCAGCCCACCCCUGCACCCUGUCUCGGGGCAGUUCAUCCUGACUUCCAGGUCACGGCACCCCCUGGCACCUUUACUGCAGCUGACCCCAGUCCCUGGCCAGGACACAGCCUGCAUCAGACUGGCCCAGCCCCUCCCCCUCCUGUGUCUGAGUCCUGGCACUAUCCUUUGGCAUCUCAGGUGAGCCCACCCUACAGCCACAUGCAUGAUGUGUACAUGCGACACCACCACCCCCAUGCCCACAUGCACCAUCGCCACCACCAUCAUCACCACCACCACCCUGCUGCCGGCUCUGCCCUGGAUCCAUCGUAUGGGCCCCUGCUGAUGCCUUCAGUGCGUACAGCCAGGAUUCCUGCUCCCCAGUGUGACAUCACAAAGACAGAUCCGACCACAGUCACCACUGCUACCUCAGCGUGGGCCGGAGCCUUUCAUGGAACCGUGGACAUAGUGCCAAGUGCAGGAUUCGAUACAGGUAAGUUAGCAUUUAGCUUUGUCACUGUGUCUGCAGAACCUGAUCAUUUUGCAAUAUUUCUUGCAUUCCUGCAGAACUGGUAUGAACCUCAUACCAGCCUGAAAAAGCACUCAGAUUUCUAA